AUGAGGCUGCUCCUUAACCGUCUGCUCGGAUUCCAGAAAGGUGCGGGACACUUUCAGCCAACGACAACCGAGAGACCGGCCGGCGACCAAACCCACCCAGGGGCGCUGAGGACCCUUUCGGCCUCCGCGCAGCUGUGUGGCGGGGCGACUCCGCUCACCGCACCGCACGGUGUCCUGCAGACACCCAACUUCCCGGGCCGGUUCUCGGUGCCGCUCAGCUGCAGCUGGAUCAUUGACGCGUCGACGCUCGUCGGCGGGAACGUGUCCAUCGUGGUGUACCUCACGCAGCAGUACGUCCUCGGGGGGCUGCGCUUCACCGAGUAUAUGUACUACAGUGACGACUACAAGGUGCCGAGCAUGACCGUGCACGAGCUGGGCGAGGACGACGCGACCCGCGUCCCGUGGAUUCGCUUCCAGAGCCCGUACCUGGAGGUGCGGUUCACCAUGGACAGCCUGUACGGGACACACCUGCGGGCCCUCGAUCGGCUGCUGGACGUGUACGGGUUCAACAUCACGUACGAAGUGGACACGCUCAAGGCGCGCACCUGCAACGCGCUCCACUGUCGCUUCCUGGGCAACUGUUACGCCAAGCACGACUUCUCGUCGUACUACUGUGACUGCUACCCGGGGUACGGUGGUCCCGACUGUGGCGACGGGCCGCUGUGCAAGGAUCCGAACGUGUGCGAGAAUGGUGGCACGUGCAAGCAUCUCGGCGACAACACCAUCGUCUGUCUCUGCCCGCCCGGCUUCAAGGGUCACAGGUGCGAAGUCAGCGAGUACGACGAGAUCACAGGAUGCAAUCUGGAUAAGGAUGGUGAGGACUGCUUUCGACAGUGCAUCGCUGCGGCCGGUGACAGCCAGGACGUGUGCCGGUGUGACCAGAGCAUCUCAUCAUCCAACCGGGGCCGGGCCAAGUACGAGCUGUCGGUGCGGCUCGCGAACGCAUCGCACUUCGAGCUGAACGGCGAGAAUGGCGAGUAUCAGCUGAACGAGUACACGGUGGCCGUGCUAGAGAAGCAGAUCAACCGAUUUCUCCGGAAUUUCAAUCUAUCCAAAAUUAACGACCUGGAAGUGUUUACGGGCAGGACGAGUGCACCGAUGAUGACGACGGCGACGACGACGACGACGGCCAACGCAAGCAAUGGAAAGCCGGCGACGGCAACAAAGAACGGUGCCAUCGGCACGGAGGUUAUGUUUCAAUUUUUCGGCCCCAAGGUGGACUCGAGCCGGGUGCGGGAAGCGAUGGAGAAGAUGACGGAGCGGGGCCGCAUCGGCAACAUCAGCCUAGUGCCCGGCACCAAGCUGUCCUUCCGCCAGUCGGUCGGGUUGCUGUUACAGUCGGUGGUCAUCAAUCAAAAGGGCCCGGUGCGGGAGAACACCGAGUUCAUACUGUCCUGCGUGGCGCAGGGCUCAUCAACGAUGUCCUUCCGGUGGUACAAGAACGGUUUCUUCGUGAACGUGACCAAAGCAACAAGAAACAUGUGGACCCGGCUGCUGCCGCUCGACUCCAAGGAUCACUACACGGCGCUGCUCAGCAUUGGCCGGGCGAACCGGCUCGACGGGGGCAUUUACACCUGUCAGGUGUCCGAUAUGAGCAUCCAGCAGUGUCGCUCGACGAAGGUGCAGAUCCUGGAGGCGCCCCAGCUGCGUGUCGAUCCACCGAGCGCCACCGUCUUCCGGGGUGAGUCGCUGCUGAUCCGCUGCCUGUCGCUGCAGGACACCGACCGGCGGGCCGGAAGCCUCGGGUACAGCUGGACGAAGAACGGUGCCCUGUUCCAGUCGGACCCGGCCCAGGAGCUGUGGGAGGACCUGUACCCGGACGGGAGCAUCCUGAAGGUGCACAACCUGCAGAAAUCCGUCGUGUACACCUGCAUCGUGUCGAACUCGGUGGCGCCCGUGUCACGGAGCGUCCACGUGACGGUCGUGGAACCGGGCACCGUCACACUGUGUCCACCGGGCGUCGACUACGGCGUCAGCUGGCCGGCCAGUGCCAGCGGCCCGGCCGUGCUGGCCGAUUGCCCGCAGCGGGCCACCGGGCUGGCGAGCAGGAUCUGCGAGCAGCGCGACUUCGGGCGGCCCGAGUGGCUGGUGCCGGACUUUUCCGACUGCGUACCGGAAGCGGUGCACCAGAUCAGCGACGAGUUCCGAGGCCUAACCUACGGCCUGCAGAAAACCAACGGUUCCAGUGUGCUGCAGUCGUGCCUGAAAUACGCAACGAGCCACCACCGGACGCUGCUGCCCGGCGAAGGUGGCUUCCUGCUGGGGCUGCUUCACGAGGUGUUUAGCUACAUCGAGACGACCGGAACGCGCCACGAGCAGGAAAUCGCGUCGGACAUCAUCCUGCGCAUCGUGGACCUCAUCAUGCAGAACAAGGUGUCCCUCAACAGUCAACAGCAAAUCAAGCAGCUUCAGGAGCUGGUGCAGGCGGCCGCCCUCAACCACGAGACGACGAUGGCGGCCCCGAUCUCAUCCUCGUCGUCCUCGGCCCUGCCCGCCGGUCAACCCGGCCUACCGGCAUCCGGCAAGCAUCCGGCGUCGAGCGGAACCGCAACCCACCAGCUCAACUCGUUCUAUCUCUACACGGAGACGGUCAAAGGGCUGCCGUUUAAUUUGCAAAUUUACGGCGAUCAGCUCUACUCGGACCAGCUCUACAUGGAAAUGGACCGUUCCGGUUCGCUGCAGGAGAUCGUGGCGAACGGGACCGUCCUGGUGACGGUCAUAUCGUACAAAAAUCUCACCAGCUUCCUGCCCCGAUUUUACUUCGCCAAAAACAGCUUCGGCACGGACAUCGACUAUAUUCCGGCGUCGAAAAUCAUCUCCAGCUGGCUGUACUACGCAAACCGGACCGGGAGCGAGGCGAACCAACCGCUGCACGUACCGCUGGAGGCGGCUCACGUGGAAAUCAUCUUCCAGCACGAACAUUCGCCCACCAGCGAAUGGAUUCCGCUGUGCGGCUACGAUGCCAAGGCAACGUUCGAGCCAACGUGGCGCACCGAUCUCUGCAUCACCGAGAACCUGCUGGAGAACAUUACGCGCUGCAUCUGCCCAUUAUCGGGCACGUUCGUGGUGCUGCUGGCGAAGAAGAACUACAACCCAUCGGUACCGAAAGUGCCCACGCGACCCAUCUUCGUCGUCGUCAGCUGCGGUUGCUGCUUCCUGCAGUCCUGUGUCGCGUUCGCCGUCAUGCUGCCGAUCCUGUACCAGCGCCGGUGCUGUGUGACCUUCCUGAAAAUGCAAUUCUGCUCCGCCACCUCGAUGGCGAUGGCAAUUUUCGUUCUCGGACUGCUGCAACUAUUCCCACCGGAAUGGUACGCCCUGGUGAUGGCCCUCCUCUCCGGGUUUCUGCUGCUCGGCACCUCGACCCUGGUGGCGAUCACCGUCCUGGUGACGACGGAGCUACACGGACCACGCAAACUGGUGGCCGCCACCAACCUGGCGACCGGCAUCACCGGCAGCAUCGGGCUCAGCUGGUUCCUGCCGCUGCUGUGUGCCACCUCGACACCGCUCUUCUACAACGUGAUGCUGGAGUCGCCGGCCCAAUGGUGGCACGAGUCCGGCUCGUUCGGUUUCGUCCUGUUCGUCAUCAUCGAGGCCCUCUUCAGUGCGCUGUUCGUGCUGCUCUUCCUCACCCUCAUCCGGCGGCUGCUGUACCUGGCCCGGAAACACGACAAGCACAACACCUCCAUCCUGCGAAGGAUUGGCCUGCUGUACCGGACCGGGCUGCUGUUCGUGUCGAACGUACUGUGCCACACGUUCUACCUGGUGUACGUGAACACCGACGGGCUACCGUCCGCGGGAUACCUGCUGAGCGGCAACAGCAUCGCACUGGGUUUUUGUAUAUUAUUCAGCUUCAUCGUGAAGGCGGAACUGAAGCACGACUCGACCGAGUCCAUCAGUAGCAAAUCUAGCACCAAAAAUAGUUUAGACGAAAACUUUUGCUCGGGAUCAAUCAAUAGUCCACUAAGUUUUUAUACAAAUCAGGAAUUAGAUAAGGAUAACGAAUGCCCACCGUCGGUGGGUAAGACAACGAAAAUUCCUCUGACAAUACUGUCGUCGCAGCAACAACAGCAGCAACAACCUCACCACCAACAACAGCAGCUGCAACAACCUCCUCACAUGACCACCAUCGAGCCGCGUCUCCACGUGGACGGCCUGGAAGGGCACAACAUGGACACUGGGUUUCUGGGCACUCACGGCGGGAUCUGCAACUACACGACCAUCACGGGUCCUGCGUACGGUAGCGCUUGCUACGAUCUGGCCGGGAAUCUGCUCUCGACGACGACGGUUCUCCCCGGUGGGACCACGACCUCCACGGGUGCGGCCGCUACUGGCUCCGGACCUCAGGCGACCGCGCUGAUCACGAUCGAAACCAGCCCGGGCAUCGUGAUAGCGACGGGACCACCACCAGGCCCCGGACUGGGAUCGGGUGGCAACGGUAGCGGUGGUCCCGGACAGCCCGCCAGCGUUAGCAUCGAGUGGCAUCCGCAAGCGGUGGGUCCCCCGCAACACUCGCACGCCUGUGGCCACCGGCCCGAACCGCUUCCCGCCACGGUCAGCUUCCUGCCGGCGCUGGCAACGACCGAUGGGGCCGACUUCGUUGGCGUCGCUGCACUCGACAUCCUGCAGGGUGUCGGUCAAGACAGCAUCGUCGGGAUCCGGAGCAAGGCACUCGAAGUGAACGACGCCGCCAAGAAGGUAGUUACCGUAAUCGAAUCCCCGUGCCUGAUGGGACCGGUGAGUAGCUCGCCGCAAACGCGGAUUGACGACCCGACACGGAUCGACGGUUCGAUGUUGGACCGCAUCUCGCACGACCUGGACUAUCUGCUGAACCGUACCACGGGCGAAGGACCUCCGCCGCCGCUGCCACCGUCCACCAUCGUUCCGAUUCUGCUCCGGCCAACGUCAAGCUCUGGCGCUGUGACGAGUGCAACGACCGGAACCAACACAUUGCCCACAGCAGUCGGCUCCACCAGCGCACCACCAGCGCCCACUUGCCACGGUGUUCACGAAGUAAUUAUCGAAGAGUCGGAAGAGCUAGAUAGCUAA